AUGAUCUUAUUGCGCGAGAAGCGCAAUAAUCAACUUAUGAGACAAAAAGAAAUUUGGCGUUCAUCAACAAAUAUCUUAGAUAGUGUUUAUGAUGAUAUUAGCAAGUCAAUCCCAACCAUUGAUACGAUGGAGGCAUUGCCUAUAAAACGAGGGGAAGUAAAAAAAGAAGCACCUGAAUCAGUUUACCUUAAAAAUUUGGAACGCUUCACGAAUUUGCGUGUCAAUAAUAUGCAAUCAUAUGCAAUCGUGAUUUACAAUUUAUAG